AUGCCUGAAUCUGCUGAGCCAGUGUCUACAGGUGUGUUUGCAUGGACGGCCAUUGUUAAAGUGCAAGCUGAAUCGGAAUUCUGUCCUUUGCGAAAUGUUGCUAUUAUGACAAAAAACGCCAGUUUUAUACGUGUAGCUCUUCUGAGCUACCCAGGGUCGGGAAACACAUGGACAAGGCAUAUGAUCCAACAACUCACAGGUUAUUGUACUGGAACCGUCUACUGUGAUAAAUUCCUGAGUGUCCGUGGAUUUCCGGGAGAAUGUAUCUUUCCCAAUCAUAAGUCGAAAGGUUGUAUAGUGUAUAAAAGUCAUAGGACGAAGAAUUUGACCCAGUUUCAGAAGGCUGUGAUUUUGAUCAGAAAUCCAUUUGACGCUUUGAAGGCGUUUUUCAACUGGAGUUCAGGGAAGACUCCUAAAUCAGCAGGAAAUAAUACGACUGUCGAUGCACCAAAACAGUCUAAAAAACCACGUGAUCGAUUCCAUGCCCUUGUGGACCGGUCUAGUUUCAACACUACUGGUUGGAAUAAAUACGUCAAAGCACAAAUUCGUCAAUGGAAGUCAUCCUAUCUGGUUUGGCUAAAGACAUUUCCAAAACGUUCAAUGGUGGUUCGCUAUGUGGAUUUAAAAGAAAACCUCAUCCCGACACUGAGACGGAUCAGUAAAUUUUUAAAUGUUCCAACGACAGAGGCGGAAUACAUAUGUACCGAUUUCAAUAAGGAGGGACAACAUCACCGGAAACAGAAAUAUUCCAUAAAGACUAGCGACAUCUUCACAGACGAGCAUAUUAGCAUAAUAAAUGGUGCCAUUACGGAAGUUAUGAGUGCAGCGAGGUAUAGAUAUAGAUUGAAAGACUUUAUUUUUGAUAAUGAAUAUUGAUUAAAAUAUGACACAACAUCCGUUUUCUCAUAUUGGAGCAUGUAUUAUAUUUUAGUUUCCUUUCCGAGUGUU